GUCACUCUUACCUAAUGAGACCAUCUUUAAACCAGAGACAAAACAGCUCAUUAGUUAGGCAACCAAAUUAAACAUCCAUGAAAGGUCUUACACUAGUUUCUUUAUGUUUCAUCUUCUUCAUCUUCACACCCUCCGAUGGUGCAGAUACCAUAGCUGUAAACCAGUCAAUCAUAGACGGAGAGACCGUAGUUUCAGCUGGGAGCAACUUUGAGCUAGGAUUUUUUAGCCCUCGAAGUACAAGUUUGCGUUAUGUAGGAAUAUGGUACAAGUUCUCUAGUGAGACUCUGGUUUGGGUUGCCAACAGAGAAGCACCACUCAAUGACACAUCAGGUGUUUUGCAAGUGACCAGCAAGGGAAUCCUUGUCCUUCAUAAUUCAACAAAUGUUGUUUUAUGGUCUACUAAUACAUCAAGAGUGCCGCAGAAUCCAGUAGCUCAGCUUUUGGAUUCAGGAAAUCUUGUUAUAAGAGAAGCAGAUGAUACAAACGAGGAUGAUUACUUGUGGGAUAGUUUUGACUAUCCUGGUAACACGUUUUUGCCAGGCCUCAAGUUUGGCAGAAACUUGAUUACUGGCCUUGAUCGGUACUUGGUGUCAUGGAAAAGCACUAAUGAUCCUUCAUUGGGUGAUUCUACAACUAUGCUUGAUCCUGGUGGAUAUCCGCAGAUAUUUAUCAGGGUUGGUGAGAACAUAGUUUUCCGAUCAGGACCAUGGAAUGGUCUUAAAUUCAGUGGGAUGCCUAAUUUGAAACCGAACCCAAUUUACACAUACGAGUUUGUUUACAAUGAGAAGGAGAUUUAUUACAGGUACGAUCUGACAGACAGUUCAGUUGUGACGCGUAUGUUGCUGACGAAUGAUGGGAUUUUGCAGCGUUUCACCUGGACUAGCAGCACAAGAACAUGGAAUCUGUACUUGACAGCCCAGAUGGAUAAUUGUGAUAGGUAUGCAGUAUGUGGUGCAUAUGGAAUUUGUAACAUCGACAAUUCCCCUGCUUGUGCAUGCUUGGACGGAUUUCAGCCAAAGUCUCGUCAAGAUUGGGAUUCUGGGGAUUGGUCUGGAGGAUGCGUUAGGAAGAAUGAAUCAAUUUGCAGGGCAGGAGAGGGUUUUCAGAAGGUAACAAGUGUGAAAUUGCCAGAUACAAGGACAUCCUCGUUUAAUAUGACAAUGGACCUUGAAGAAUGUCGAAGGGUUUGCUUGAUGAAUUGUUCUUGCACAGCUUAUUCGACUUUGAAUAUAACAGAUGGAACUGGAUGCUUGCUUUGGUUUGAGGAUCUUCUUGAUAUCAGAGAGUACACUGAAACUGGACAAGAUUUUUACAUUAGAUUAUCUGCCUCUGAUUUAGAGCCAACUAGAAGUCCUAAGAGGACGACGCGAGUGUGGAUUAUAGCCAUCUGUUUGUUGGUUGCUGGAAUUACCAUCCUAGGCGUUUGCCUGCUGUUUCUGAUGAGGAGGAGGAAGAUGAAGACAGUAGCAAGGAUGGUUUCGAUGCAAGAAAGAGACUACUCAAUUAAUAGCACCGGUAAAGAUUUAGAGCUUCCAGUAUUUGACUUCGCAACCAUAGCUAUUGCCACGAGCAAUUUCUCAGGGGCCAAUAAGCUUGGAGAGGGUGGAUUCGGACCUGUCUACAAGGGCAAGCUAGAAGAUGGACAAGAGAUAGCUGUGAAAAGGCUUUCAAAGACUUCGACACAAGGACUUGAUGAAUUCAAGAACGAAGUUAUAUGCAUUGCGAAACUUCAACACCGAAAUCUUGUCAAGCUUCUUGGUUGCUGCAUUGAAUCCGAAGAAACAAUGUUGGUCUAUGAAUAUAUGCCUAACAAAAGCUUGGAUGCCUUCAUCUUUGAUCAAAAGCAGAGCAAGUUAUUGGACUGGUCUAUGAGGUACAACAUUAUCAAUGGGGUAGCUCGAGGACUUCUUUACCUCCAUCAAGAUUCCCGGCUAAGAAUCAUUCAUAGAGAUCUAAAAGCCAGCAAUAUACUUGUGGACUAUGAUAUGAACCCAAAAAUCUCAGAUUUUGGCAUGGCCAGGAGUUUUGGUGGAAAUGAAAUUCAGGGAAACACAAAACGAGUAGUUGGAACAUAUGGUUACAUGUCUCCAGAAUAUGCAACUGACGGGAUCUUUUCUAUAAAAUCCGAUGUAUUUAGUUUCGGUGUUUUGGUGCUAGAGAUAGUAAAUGGGAAGAGAAAUAGAGGAUUCAUUCAUCAAGACCAUAAGCACAACCUUCUUGGUCAUGCAUGGAAACUUUACAAGGAAGAAAGGUCAUUCGAGCUAAUCAACGAUUCUUUAAAAGACACCUGCAACUUAUCCGAAGUUUUGCGGGUGAUCCAUGUGGGUCUACUGUGUGUGCAACAAGCUCCUGAGGAUAGGCCUACUAUGUCAACUGUGGUGCUAAUGUUAAGUAGUAACAUUGCAUUGCCUGACCCUAAAGAGCCUGGAUUUUUCACAGAAAGGAAACUAUUCGAUCAUGAGUCUUCAUCUAGCAAGGUUGAUACAUGUUCCGCGAACGAAAUUACUAUCACAUUGUUAACUGCUCGAUGACAGAUUAUUUCUUUAACAACGUUUUUAUAAAUUGUAUCAAUAAGAGUAUAUAUUCUUAUUUUUCUGUCAGUCCUUUCUUCUUCACUGAGGAAAAAGAUUGGGGAAAAAAUGACGUGGGGUACUUUCUUUAUUAUUCUUGACAUAAUUAUUUAUAUUGUACAAUUUUUAAAAUUAUUAAA